GCCGGUUCUCCGCGGGCGCCCGCCCCGCCCCGCCCCGCCCGGCUCGCUGCCCGCCGCCUGCUCCGGCCCCCGAGCUGCCCCCGCGGCGCUGCCCUAUGGCGGGCUCGGGCCUGGGCCGGUGCCGGCUGGCGCUGGGCCUGGCGCUGUUGUUGGACGCGGCGGGCAUGGGCGCGCUGCUGACCGGGGUCUUCGCCCGCCUGCGCGUGCGGGGCCGGGACUUCGGGGACCUGCUCAUCUACUCGGGCGCGGUGCUGGUCUUCCUCAGCCUGCUGGGCUGGAUCCUCUGGUACACGGGCAACAUCGAGAUCUCCCCCGAGGAGCUCGGCCGCGACUACGCCGCCAAGGGCGGCACGCUGGCCCGCCUGGCCCGCAAGAUCUCCCGGCGCUGGUCCCGCUCCCGGCCCCGCCGCUCCGGCACUGCUGGCCGCGGGGGCGCCCUGCCCCUGGGCACCGUGCGGGGCGGGACGGGUCUGCCCCCCGACACGGCCUAGAGGAAUCACGGCAGGAAGGAUGGAAAGUUCUGUGGAUCAAGUACCUGGGGAGGAAUUAACAAUGGAACCUGCAGCCCCGAUUCCCACCAGUGCUGCUGGAGACAGGAUGGACUGCAUGGCUGAGUCCCAGCAAGGACUCUGCUGACCCCCACAAAGGGGCAUCUUCAUCCAUUUGUCACUGGGGACCUUUCUUUGUCCCAGGAGAAGCUGGUGUGCACUUGUGUUUUGCUUUUUGUAUUGAAAUCUCUGUAUGUGCUA